AACGUCUUUUCCAUUCAUAUCAUACUCGUACCUUUGCGGACUUCUCUAUUGAUUGAAAGCGUGACGAAAUUUCGUCUGCAAUUUGCUUCAAUUUUAAUAUAAAAUAAAAUCAAAAUGCCGCUUUCGUGUCGUUUUUACAAAGAAAAAUAUCCUGAAGUGGAUGAUGUAGUCAUGGUAAACGUUCGAUCCAUUGCUGAAAUGGGAGCAUAUGUUCAUUUGUUGGAGUAUAACAAUAUCGAAGGCAUGAUAUUGUUAAGUGAGUUGUCUAGAAGGCGUAUUAGAUCCAUAAAUAAGUUAAUUCGAGUGGGUAAAACGGAACCAGUUGUGGUUAUUCGUGUGGAUAAAGAAAAAGGGUAUAUUGAUUUAUCAAAACGGCGUGUUUCUGCCGAAGACGUUGAUAAAUGUACAGAACGUUUUUCAAAAGCAAAAGCAGUCAACUCAAUAUUAAGGCAUGUAGCUGAGCUAUUGCAUUAUGAAAAUGAUGCACAAUUAGAAGAAUUAUACCAGAAAACUGCCUGGUUCUUAGAAGAAAAACAUAAUGCAAAACCUAGUGCAUCGUACGAUUUCUUUAAACAAGCUGUUCUAGAUCCAACAAUCUUAGCCGAGUGUGGAUUAGAUGAGAAAACUAAAGAAGUAUUGUUAAAUAAUAUUAAACGAAAAUUAACAUCGCAAGCAGUUAAAAUUCGCGCCGAUAUCGAAUGCGCGUGCUAUGGCUAUGAAGGAAUUGAUGCAGUUAAAGCGGCUUUGAAGUCCGGAUUAGCUCUUUCAACUGAAGAAUUACCUAUUAAAAUUAAUUUAAUUGCGCCACCUUUAUAUGUAAUGACAACAAGUACACCAGAAAAACAAGACGGUUUAAAAGCACUUCAAGAUGCUAUCGAUAUAAUUAAAGAAACAAUCACGAAACUUGGUGGUGUAUUCACUGUUAAAAUGGCGCCUAAAGUUGUAACUGCUACAGACGAAGCUGAGUUAGCCCGACAAAUGGAACGAUUAGAACAAGAAAAUGCUGAAGUUGCAGGUGACGAAGACGAAGAAGAAGAAGAAGGACAAGUGUAUAAUGAUGGUGAACAUCAAAAUGGUGAUGCGCAUGGGGAUGAAAAUGAUGAAGACGAAGAUUAAACGAAACUUUUAAGUUGUAUUUUACAUUUAUAUUGAAAUAUUAUUACUUACAUGAAUAAAUUUUUUGAUAAAAUUUU